CAGACACAGACACAGACAGACACAGACACUCACCUAAUACACCUUUUUCUCUCACUACGCCACAGGACAAAACAAGCUUCCCCUCAUUUCGCUUUCUCUCGAUUUUUCUUCUCUCCACCCCCACCUAUACAUACUCUCUCUCUAUCUCUCUCUCCCUGUAUGUAUGUACACAUAGAACUUCACCUUUUUUUCUCUACGAUCUUUGUUUGUAACUUGUAAAUCUAUAGGAUGAAGAUCGGUUUUUCUGUUGCAGAUGUUUUUGUUCUUGUUUUUGGUUUUUUUCCGGUUCAAUUGGUAGAUUGAUUAAUGAGCGAGUGAUAUGAUCCAUUUGCAGAUCUUCGGUGAAAGGUUCGGUUUUGGGGAUCGUUGUUGAUUAGAGUAUGUGCAGUGGGCCGGAACGAUCAAAUUCAAAUUCUUCUACCACCCAAGGGGCUGCUGAUAAAAAAACCAACAACAUGAAAGACUUAAACAAUUUGUCUGUGGAGACGGAGGAUUCCUUUUCAAGUUUGCUUGAAUAUGCUGCGAACAAUGACAUUGAAGCUUUCAAGAGAUCCAUUGAGCUAGACCUGUCUGCGGUUGAUGAGGCUGGACUUUGGUAUGUACGCAAGAAAGGUUUGAAGCAGAUCACCCAGGAAGAAAGGACUCCUUUGAUGUUAGCUGCUACUUAUGGUAGCAUUGAUGUGUUGAAGUUGAUAGUUGCUCUGCCUGAGGUUGAUUUGAAUAGAUCUUGUGGCAAAGACAAGUGGACCGCACUCCAUUGUGCGGCUUCUGGUGGCUCUAUGAAUGCAUUUGAAGUUGUUAAGCUGCUGUUAUCUGCUGGGGCUGAUCCUAAUAUAGAGGAUGUCACUGGACGACGCCCUGUUGAUGUGCUUGUAAUUCCUCCAAAGCUUCCUGGCGCUAAAGCUGCUCUUGAGGAUUUGCUUAUAAACAAUAGUUCUGAUGGAUCAGUUGGUGCGUGCAAUUUACGGGUUUCCUUAUCUAGUUCUAAUGCAUCAUCACCAGUAUUAUCAUCAUCGCCCGAGAGCGGGUCUCCAUGCUCACCAUCUGAUUCUGCAUCUUCUCCUACAGCCCCUAAGUUUAGUGAUACUGCUGUUAAUUCUGUAUCAGAGAAGAAACAAUAUCCCGUGGAUCCAUCUCUACCUGACAUCAGAAAUAGCAUCUACUCAACUGAUGAGUUUCGUAUGUUUUCAUUCAAGGUCAGGCCUUGCUCGAGGGCCUAUUCUCAUGAUUGGACUGAGUGUCCUUUUGUUCACCCUGGAGAAAAUGCUCGCAGAAGGGACCCAAGGAAAUACCAUUACAGUUGUGUACCUUGUCCUGAUUUUAGAAAGGGUGCUUGUAGGCGUGGGGACAUGUGUGAAUAUGCCCAUGGGGUUUUUGAGUGCUGGCUACAUCCUGCCCAGUAUCGAACCAGGCUGUGCAAGGACGGCACAAGCUGUGCCAGACAGGUAUGCUUUUUUGCGCACACCCAGGACGAGCUUCGUCCCUUGUACGUCUCUACUGGAUCUGGUGUUCCUUCUCCGAGGUCAGCAGCCUCUGCAGCUAGUUUCAUGGACAUGGCUGCAGCUUUAAGUCUUUUGCCUGGUUCCCCCACUUCACAGUCUGUUAUGUCUCCUUCUGCAUUCAAUCAAACCAUGUCCCCAUCUGCAAAUGGAAUUUCUCAUUCACCUGCAGCUUGGCCUCAACCAAAUGUUCCCACCCUUCAUCUUCCUGGUAGCAACCUCCAGUCCAGUCGCCUGAGGUCUUCCCUUAGUGCCCGUGACAUUCCACCAGAGGACCUGAAUGUGUUGCGGGAUUAUGAUGCUCAGCAACUGGUUAUGAAUGAUUUGGCAUGUUUUUCACAGCCACGUCCCAGUUCUGCUAUGUUGAAUUGCGCUGGAAGGUCUAAGACAACACUAACUCCUUCCAAUCUUGAAGAGCUUUUUUCUGCUGAGAUCGCCUCAUCUCCGAGAUAUUCUGAUCAGGCAGCGGCUUUUGGUGUUUUUUCUCCCUCACACAAAUCAGCUGUUCUUAAUCAGUUUCAGCAGCAGCAGAACAUUUUGCCACCUAUUAAUACUAAUGUUUUUUCUCCUAGAAAUGUUGAACAUCCUUUAUUGCAGGCUUCUUUGGGUGUCUCAUCUCCACGGAUGUCACCAAGAAGCAUGGAACCAGGGUCCCCUAUGAGUGCUCGUCUCUCGGCUUUUGCCCAGCGUGAGAGGCAGCAGCAGCACAUGCGUAGCCUCAGCUCGCGGGAUCUUGGAUCGAACCGGGUUCCAGUUGUUGGAUCUCCAACCACUACUUGGUCUAAGUGGGGUUCCCCCAAUGGGAAAGUUGAUUGGUCGGUGAGUGGAGAAGAUCAAGGUCAUCUGAAGAGAUCAUCUUCGUUUGAACUGAAAAAUGAUGGAGAAGAACCUGAUUUGUCAUGGGUGCAAUCUCUCGUCAAAGAAUCACCACCUGAGAUGACGGACAAGCCUGCGGCACCUGUUUCUGGUGCUGCGCCAUCCGGUGAGUGUUUGAAAUCAAAUUCUCAAACUGACUCCAUUGAUCACUCUGUUUUAGGGGCUUGGCUCGAGCAGAUGCAACUUGACCAGCUCGUUGCCUAGCAAACAGGACAUGAAAAUUCAUUUUCGGUUAGACAGACAAGACUUUUAGGAAGUAUAUAAAAUUUUUCGGCUCUUUUUUUGGCUGGUGGAAAAGGUGGAAGUCGAAAAGGUAGCAGCAUAAUGCUGGAGUCUGGAAGUUUUAUGGGUACAAUGGAUUUAAUUUUUUCAAAAUAUGUAUUCAACCUUAAAAUCAUUUGUUGAUUAUUAUGACAAUGAGUUUUCAUUUGUUACCUGGGGAUGUACUAGAGAAACCCAGCCAAGUCUGGGCAAUGUUCUUUUGUACUACUCUAUAAUGCUCUAAGGUUAUUUCCCUCUUUUUAUCCCUUUUCA